AUGUCAACGUCAACUCGAUUCCGGUUCCACACGCUGCUGGUGAUGAUCGUGAUCGGUGCGAUCGUCGGCAGGCAGCACGCCCGUGCCGCCAUCCUAACGCGUGCCAUCGAAGCCCAGAAGUCGCUGGUCGAGCGCGAAGAGCAAGCACUCCAGGAGGCGAAAGAUCAGAUGUACCGGACGGCACAGAACGCCCUGGACGCAUCCCGUGGUGCCGUGUCGAACGUGGCCGAGCAGCUCCGGUACGCCGUGAUGUAUCCGUUGCGCGUUGCCAACGAGGCGCUCGAGAAACCGAAACUCUACGCGAGGUACAUGCUCUCGAAGGCACCGUUCCUAAACUCCGGAGAUGAGACGACGUCCGCUCCGGUGGUGCUGGGCGAUGAGACCGUUCCCCAGGAGUCGGAUGGUGCAAACGAGAUGCUACCGCAGCUGAUGUCCGGUUUGCGGUUGCUCUUCAAUCAGGACACAACCGAACCGACCAGCAACCUUCCCAAACCGAGCCCUCUUAUCGAGAUCAUUGAGAUCAAAGCGAGUCCUGCGGCAGAAAUUACUCCCGACCAGCCGGUCGUUGAGUUCGACAAGGAACAACCGAAGGAAGUGAUUGUAAUUUGA